AUGUCAUUUACAUCAGCUAUCUCACGGUAGGCAACACCUCUUGUUAAACUCAUGUUUUGAAAAUAUUUUGUUGAGCUUCAGUAACUGGCAAUGUCACGUCGUUCUUUUGCUGUUCCUGAAAUUUAUCUCUGAAACUUAUUUUCGUCACCAUUCUACUUAUUUGUUUUUGGCAGAAUUUCGUCGAUAGCUGUUCUGCCGUCAGUUCGUUUUACAUUACGUUAUCGCAUCGCCCUUCGAAGGAUGGUUUCACAGCUUCCAGCCGGUUGUUCGGUGAUUCGAGGACAGUUUGACUCUCUACCCACUAAAGUACAGGAAUACGUGGCUGACAAAGCUGAACUCUGCCAACCGGACAACAUUUACAUUUGCGAUGGGUCCAAGGAAGAGAACGAAUCAUUAAUAAACGAGUUGAUCGAAAGUGGUGUGUUGACUAAACUUCAUAAAUAUGACAACUGGUAUGUUCAAGUAGUUUAAGCCAAAUUUGCUGUUGAUUUGACAAUCGAAUAUACCUAAAACUUGGAUUUUUUGCAAGCAAUGAUUCAUACUAGGGAAUCAAGAAGAGGGAACUUGACAGUAGUAAAUUUCAGUUUAUAGUCCACUGACUGUAGUUUUUGUGUUUCACAGUUUCUUAGCCCGCACUGAUCCACGCGAUGUGGCACGAGUGGAAUCUAAAACGUACAUCUGUACAGAGGACAAAGGAGAAUCCAUCCCAACAGCAAAGGAUGGAGUUGAAGGCCGGCUGGGUAAAUGGAUGAGCGUAAAGGAUAUGAACAAGGAGUUGAGUAAAAGAUUUCCUGGUUGUAUGAAAGGUGAGGACAUAUCUUAAAGAAGAAUCAAGCACGAUUGCCAACCUCGUGCGGAAACUAGGAUUUGUUUAGACCAAAGUUUGUUGAGAAAAAAAAAUCCUUUUGCUUAUAACGUGUCUUUUGGCAUCAAAAUGAAGCUUCCCUACCUUUUUACUGCAAGAUUUCGUUAAAAUUGUCCUGUCAUCCUGGUCUCUUACGAUAUUGUCUAUCGUGCGUUGUGAUUGGUUGUUGCGGGAGGUGUGGUAAGGGGUAUGCCACGUAAAUAGGAUAUUGUCCAUUUCAACUAAGUUUCAAAGGUCAUCUUGGUCUUUUUGAAAUUCAAUGAGAGUGCAUUUGUUUUGUUUUAAAAACAAGUCUUGGUUGCUUUGGUUAACUUUCACAUUUUUGUUUUCCCCUUUAUUUUUAUAAAAAUCCCUGACCUGAAAAUAGUGUUUUUUGCAACCGUGAAAAUCAAAAUACUUAUUGCUUUAAAAACAAUCCAAAGCAGAAAGGUGAAGCUAGCAAGGAUGUUUUCUUCCCCUAGGUGAUUAAUGAUAGUCAGCUUUAUUUAAGUCUAUUUCGGUGAAACAGCUAAGUUGGGCUAGAAACAUCUAUAUCUUCUAACAGCUCAGUCAUUAUAAAAUAUGAAUACUGGUGCUAAACAGGUCCUUAUCACAUUGCUUGUGCCAAGUUUAAAUUAAUAGAAUUUUAGUGAAGAUUGGAAACUUCAUGCUUCACUAAAGAGGAAAGUAAUUUGAAUAUUCCAUGUUGGAGGCAGUUUUAUGUAAAAUUUACAUUUAUCUGUUUCACAUUUAUCUAUUUUCAGCCUCAACUCCAAUGUAAUUUUCAAUAAAAUGUUUUUUUAGUCUGAAUAUACAUGAUUGCUAAUCCCAAGGGGUUGUUAUCAGAGAUUUCAUUAUACUGGAAGAACCUUUGAACCUGUUACAUUCCUGUUGUGCAUUCCAUCUGUUAUGGAGAUCUCUUCUUUCUGAAUUUCUUAUUUGUUAAUUUGUUUGUAGUUUUAAUGUGCACAGUUUGGACAAAAGUACUCAGGACUGAUAAAUCUUGCAGACUUUUUCUUUGGUCAAGGGAGGGUUGAAUGUGGCUAUGCAAACCCACUUACCCAUGUUACAUUUGACCAAUUCUGUUAAUCCCAAACUAUUUUCAUUCUUAUCCAGAUCAGCCUUACUUCUUAUUAGAAAUCUUUGUGGUAUGAAUUUGCUGCUUGUAAUAUCAUGUUUGUAUAUUGUGCUUUUGUUUCAAUGUAUCAAGAUUUUACCAGACAGAAGACUUAAUUCUUGAUGUUGUUUGAGAAGCUAGUUAACAAAAUUAAUUUUUUGAAAAAAUAAAGCUAACAAAUAACCACUAUAUUCUGAAAAUAAUAGCAAUCAAUAAACCAGGUCAAACUUUUAAGCAGAAAAUAUGCCAAUCGGCAAACCUUUUCAUUCCCUUACUUAACAGUUUUCUAUCAAAAUACAGAAAUGGGUGUGUUAUCACAAGCCUGAGAGAAAAUUGUUUGUUAUUUAAUGAGAAGUUGACAUUGAAGAACCAUUGGCAGUAGCCAAUAGCUGUUGAACUUUGAACAAGAUGAUUGAUGAAUAGUAAUGUCAGGUUUUUCAAGUUAUGCACUCUUAAGUUUUUAAGUGUGUGAAUGACCUUUGAAAUGCUCAGGUUAGAAUAACAACUGUGUUUCUGCUGUUCAGUAAUAGAUCACAGAUUGGUUACUGAUAUUUUAGCCACAGUUUCUGAGUACAAUUCAGCUUAACAUACAAACUGAACUCCUCAACAAGAAAGGAUGGAGUCCAACAUCUUCAAAUUCAAAUUUCUCUUUGAGAAACUUAAAGCAUUUUCUUGAUGCAAAUUUCUCUUUGAGAAGCCCAAAAAAACUCCUUGAUGCAGGGAUUGAGAUUCAACCCUUUAACUCCCAGAUCAAAUUUGUUAUUUUCCUGUCAACCAUAUAACUUUUAUGAUGUUAAUAGUUAAUAGUUAUCACUUAUCUGCUCGAUAUUGUACUGAUAUUGUAAGGAGAAAUUCUGUGGUAGUCAUUCACGGAGUUAAAGGGUUAACCACAUUUUCCAGAUGUUGAUUUGCCUCCCAUAUGGUGGUAAUUAACUGAUAUUCACUUUUUGGAAAUGAAAGAAUUGCAUACAAGCUUCACUUCAGAGAUGGACAUAUGUUUUUUCCAGGCCGUACCAUGUAUGUCAUGCCAUUCAGUAUGGGUCCAGUUGGGUCUCCUGUGUCUAAGAUUGGUAUCCAAGUCACAGACUCUCCUUAUGUGGUCUGUUCCAUGCGCAUCAUGACUAGGAUGGGUGCAGAGGUUAUGAAAGUUCUGGGAAACAAUGGCUUUGUGAAGUGUCUACACUCAGUUGGUUUGCCUAAACCUGAACCACCAUCCCAGUUCAAGUGGCCUUGUAAUCCAGAUAGAACCAUUAUCUCUCACUUUCCUCAUGAUCGUGAAAUCAAAUCAUUUGGAAGCGGUUAUGGAGGAAAUUCUCUGUUGGGAAAGAAAUGCUUUGCUCUACGGAUUGCCAGCACAAUUGGUCGUGACGAAGGAUGGUUGGCAGAACACAUGCUGGUAUGAUGUAUAACCUUGUAAACUGAGAAAUAAUAGUACUAGACAGUUUUAACACCUACAGAAACCAGGGUGUGUCAAGUUAAGAAGUAAAACUAUUAUGGGAGCUAAGUGAUGAUUUUUUAUCUGAUUUUUGAAAAAAUUAAUAUGCCUGAUUGGUCAAUAACCUUAAUGCUUGGGGCACAAGAGUCAUACCUAAAGAUCCAAAGCAUCUAUCUUGCCGCAGCUCACACCAGCUUACCCUUCUUCAUUCCUUCACUUUUCCCAAAAUUCUGGCUUUUUUCAGAAUGAAAGUUAUACAUUUUGGUUAAGAGGCAUAACAUAUUGAUGAAAAUGAAAAAAAUUAAAGCAACUAAAAGCUAUUGUGCUGUUUCUCUAUCCAGGUUGUUGCUCUCACAAACCCCCAGGGUGAAAAGAAAUACAUUGCUGCAGCCUUCCCAAGUGCCUGUGGAAAGACCAAUUUGGCCAUGAUGACACCAACAUUGCCAGGUUGGAAGGUUGAAUGCAUUGGGGAUGACAUUGCCUGGAUGUGGUUUGAUGAGGAAGGUCAACUGAGAGCUAUUAAUCCUGAAUUUGGCUUCUUUGGAGUUGCACCAGGAACAUCGAACAAGACCAACCCAGUUGCUAUGGAUACAUGCAAAAAGGGAACAUUGUUCACGAAUGUUGCACAAACAGGCGAUGGUGACUUUUAUUGGGAAGGUAUAAGCCAUGAUAUGUAUUUGAAAAUGAAAACAUAGAAUUAGUGAGAUUAAGGUUUAAUUUACAGAAUAAUCUCAUUAUUGUGUUAAGUAUCUUACAGUGAUUUUCAGAUCUAAUAUGGAGCACUCAUCAUUUGAAGAGAUUUUUAACUUAUAUUUCCAGGCAAAUGGUUAAUUAAGUACAAAAGCUUUUCCAGUCUGAUCUAAUUUUUAGUAUUCAUCAUCUUAUAGUAUCCCUGGAGGCUAAAUUGUCAGAUGAAAAUCAAGUUCAUCUGAAUCAUCAUGAAUGGCAGCAUUCUUAAUCUAGUGUCUUUGUUUUGAAGGUUUGCCGCUACCAGAUGCAGAUGUAACUACUUGGCUUGGAGAGAAAAAUUGGAAGCCUGGAAAAACUAAGGCAGCACAUCCUAACUCCAGAUUCUGUGCACCAAUAAGCAAUUGUCCAAUCAUGGACAAAGACUGGGAAAAUCCCAAGGGUGUUCCCAUCAGUGCUAUACUAUUUGGUGGCCGACGCCCAAGAGGAGUUCCUCUGGUGUAUGAAGCCUUUAAUUGGCAGCAUGGGGUUUUCAUUGCUUCAUCCAUGUCCUCUGAAGCCACCGCUGCUGCUGAACAUCAGGGAAAAAAUAUCAUGAGAGAUCCUUUUGCUAUGAGGCCUUUCUUUGGGUACAAUUUUGGCAAGUACAUGGAGCACUGGUUAAGUAUGGGAAACAAUCCAAAUCACAAGUUACCAAGAAUUUUUCAUGUAAACUGGUUCCGCCUUGAUGAAAAUAACAAGUUUUUGUGGCCAGGUAAGACUUGAAGGAGUUACUAAUAAUAAAAACAUUUCAACACAAUUUUUUUCUUGUUCAAGGAUGCACUGCAAAUCAAAUUGCUAAAUUUUGGACUUUUUGUUCAGAAAACAGUUAUUUAUUUGAUAAGAGUGUCUUUCUUUAUGAGGGGUACUUAUAGUUUUUAUUAGUUAAAAGUUGAUCCUUUCAAUGUAAUUUGCAGGCCAUUGGAAUGCUUGGAAUGCUACCUACAAAAUGCUGUAUAAUUAUUAUCAAGGCUGUGCUCUAGCGGCGCCCGGUCGCCUCAGGCGACUAACAUUUGGUCUCGGGCGACUGAAAAAGAAAAGCGGUCGCCCGUCCGGGCGCAUAGAUUUCGGCUUGUAUGAAAACUCGAAACGAAACCAGCAAACGUAUAGAAACGGAACGGAACAGAACGAAACAAAAAGAAACUCCAUCGUGCUCCCCGGCUCCCGCUAGCCCAAAAAGCAGUUUCAACAGAGGAGCGCGUGAUUAAUAAAACGAAACCGUCCUUGAUGCAAAUUUGUGUUUAUUUAAUUAGCUUCGUCCAUGGCAUGCAAGAUGUUUAUCAGCACCAUAUUUGGCGACUUGCUCUCAAUUGUGAUCAUUCGAUCAAAAUUUGACGAAAAUGAAACUUUAAUAUAAGAACACUUUUGUUUCGAAACCUAUUUUAGUGAUCUUCAAAGAAAUUUUCUUAGCGGUUUUAACAUGUAUGUGGUUAAUUUAUAACAGGAUUUCAUGAUAUCACAAGUUCGCCAAAAUAGAGUACGUGACUGCUAAAUAUAGUAACUCGCUUCGCCGCCCGUGCCCGGUGAAGUGAAUAUUGAACGAGAGAGAUUAAAGAUGAAACUGUUUGGCAAUUCUGCGGAUUCCCUGGAACUGUAAGAAGUAUACAACGCUACUCUUUCAAAACGUCACGGAUUAGUAGAGAUUGUCAUUCAACAAUGGUUUCCUCGGCCGGAAGUCGCACAAACUUGCAAUCAAGUUUUAAUUAAACAUCCUAUCAAUGGUUUUGUCUACUUUCUGAAAAUUUUAACUUUCUUGCAAAUAGUAAGUUGCAAUGACGAAGGCUUUCCGAUUCACUGUAACUUUCUCUAAUGAGAGCUAGAUAAACUUUGAAGUCCAUCCAUGAAUCAAAAUCUUUGAAUAAGGAUUUUUUUAUUGUUAAUUGUUAACUGAUUCAACUGUAAAAUGGAUUAUUAAUUAAUUAAUCAAUUCGGGCGACCAACCUGGAAGGCUGGGCGACCUACUUGUCAUGGUUAGGCGCCCAAAGGGCGCCCUGAAAAUUUUCCUAGAGCACAGCCUUGAUUAUUAAGCUGCUUUUGGAAUAUUUUGUGUUUUUUUUUAUUCUGUGCUUUUAAGCUAAUUACUCAACUUGUUUGUCAACUUUUUCCAAGGAUUUGGAGAGAACAGUCGUGUGCUAGAGUGGGUGCUGCGACGUUGUGAUGGAGAGGACAUUGCUGAGCCUAGCCCAAUUGGCUUCAUACCCAAGAAUGAUUCAAUUAAUGCUGAAGGUCUUGGAGAACUGAAUAUGAAGGAGCUGUUCAGUAUUCCCAAGAACUAUUGGUUGGAAGAGUGCUGCUCCCUGCGACAAUACUAUGAAGAGCAGCUAGGGGAUGACUUACCAAAUGCUGUUAGAGAUGAGCUAAAUGCUCUUGAAGAAAGGCUUAAGCAGUAAUCAAUAGUUCCACAUAAUUACAUACUGUUAGCUACAUUUGUUUUAUUUAUACCACUCUUACAUCAAUUGAUUGGCUGUAUGCGGUAAAGGAAAUUGAUUUACUGAGCUACUAGUAAUUUAACUAUAAGUACAAACUCAUAUCAGUACCAAUUAGUGCAGGUAAAAAAAUUGGACAAGUAGUGAGUUUUUUAGUAGUUAGAAUGAUGAUCUAAUAAAGAGAGGCUACCUUUAUUUUUAAAGUUAGCUUGUGAAGACUAACAAUAACAAGUACUUAUUUAUUAUUUGAACAAAUUGAAAGACAAAAUUUGAAUGGCUAAAUGCCAGUGUAAACAUUUUCUGUAGGGUAGUUAGGUAGUAUAGUCAAACAUGCAUUGUUAAAUGAUCAUUUGAAUAAUGAUAACUCCCAGUAGAAAAAUGAUCUUUUUCACUGAUUUCAAUUUGUUAUUUUUUCCUAUUUGCCUUCAAUUUGUUGAGUAACAGACAUAUCUCAUUAUAUGUCUAAGUAAUGAGGUUCAGUUCCCCAAGUUAAGUCACUAACUUAAUGAGAUCCAAUAGGUCACAUUUAGAGUGAUAAGGUAACCUAUCAAAUAAAUAUGUUGCUGACAUUUUAUUACAUAGGAAGGUGUUAAAAAUGUUUUGUGGCAUUACUACAUGUAUUAACAAGUUGUAUUUUUUUUUGUCUCAGUAAUGGAAUGUUAUUUAGGUUGGUCUUGAUUUGGCCAUUUUUUUUUUGUCAAUGGCUCAUUUGCUAGCAGGUUACUAGAGGAGUAAUUGUUACAAAUAGGAGUCAUAAAUCUUGCAACCCUUGCUGGUUAAGGAAUGUGGCAUUGCUAUUUCGGGACAAAAGUAUCUCAAUGUUGUUUUCCUUCUGACACAGAAAGCACAUAUUGUGUCAAAUGAACAUGCUUAUUCAAAGAGUUAAAAUCAAGGCUGAACUGGUUUAAGUGAGUUUCAUCCCCAGACAUGUUAAUUUGUGGAUCAAAGUUGUGACAAAGUGAGAUAUCAAGUUUACACCUAUCUCCAUUGGAAAAAUAGUGGAUGGUGCUCUUUUGUGGGAUAACUGAUUUUGCUCCAAGCAGUAUAAUUUGUUUUGCUGGCACUCAUUCAGUAGAUAGUUAGUGUGUUUCCUAUAGUGUUUUCAUAACCGAGGCCUAAAUGAAAUCAAAUCAAGAUUUUGCCCAAAGGGCUAAAUUCUCAAUUCUCACUUCUUUGUCAAGUCUGGGAGAGGGAAAGAGAUGUUUCAAAUGUAAAAAUGCUGUAGUUUGUGAACAGUCUUUGGAUUGGGCUAUGAAAUAAUUUCAGCUAAACUUCUAUUUGUACAUCCCUUAUAGACAAUCACAACUAGCUAGGUUAUGGAAGUGUAAUUUUUUAACUUAUCAAAUAAACUACAUUUGGUUUAGAAUUAAAAGUUGACCAAGUCUCUUGAUGUUGUAACAAACACCAUUAAAGGAAAAGUAUGCUCUUAAAACUAUCUGAUCUUUUAAAUGCAUAGAGAAUAGUCCCAAGAAUAUUGAUGAUGAUGUGAGGGUGUUGAG